AAUCAAAACUACAGAGGGGAGUGUUUUCAGUUCUCUAUACUAAUGGAGAAAGUAUGUCUGAAGAGCAUUUCCUGCUAACAGAAAGAACGACUACUGAAAAGAGUACUCUAAAAUGAGGAUGAGUAAGUAACUUAGAUACUGAACAAAUACAGGUCUAUUGUAUUGAGUAAGGCAUCUUGCUGUGGUAAGGUACUUACUUCUCAAUAUGGAUGGCCUACUUAAUGAUUUUUUUUUAAUUAUUGCUUUUAAUUAAGUGCUGGCUUAAGUGCUAUCCAUCAAAUAGUCUGCACUCCCAGAUGGCAAUCCUGUACUGAAAAUGGACUAUAACCAAAAGCUGGCUUCCUAACAGCACUUGCUGAUAAUUUUAACAGAAAAUGAAUUCAUAUUUUUGUUUUAAGCAAUAAAAGGCAGAACAUUUAUGCAAUUAGGUACUUGUAUUUCUUUAUAACACACCUGAAAUUCAAAAUUACUGAGUUGGGAAUGGUCUCAGGAGGUCAGCUAACCAUUCCAGCCCGCUGGAGAAAAUGGUGCAGCUCUUUCAUUGCUGACAAGUCCUCAUGUCCAGGCACUUCUUUGAUGACCAAUGCACAAACCGGUAACAUAAAUGAUCUCCUCCACUGCCUCAUAAGCCUGGAACCAAAACUUUCCUGACCACUAUCCUCAAUGUCCUUUCUGUCAUUCAACUCCAUUAUUUCUAUGCCUGUUCAGUGUGUUCAAGGAGGACAGGUGACUUCUUCAACUUCGUGAGCAGUCUUUCACAUAUCUGAAGAUUGUUAUGUCAUGCACUAUCCCCUCCACUGUAGCUGUUCGAUCCUUGCUUUUCCUCUUGUACCAUGACUUCCAAACUUGCUUCUAUCUAUUCUCUUCUAGAUUUCUUUCAAUCAGUGCACACUUUCACAAUGGUUGCCGCACCAGCAACUACUGAGCAGAGCAGACACUGUUGCAGUCAUUCGUGCUAAAGCAGCAGUAAGAAAAACACUGUUAAUCUUAAUAUAGAGAAGCUUGCUGGUAUCCAAAAUAUGAGCCAUUAGUACACCUCCGUGAAAUAAAUGUGUAGAAAAUACAUAGCUGUACACAGUGGCACAUAAGUCACAUGAGAGGGGAUACAGAGCUGAGGGUAUGGCAUACAGUACUGGCAGUGUGACACACAUGCAUUUUUUAUGAAACAAAUCAUGUAAAAGCUGAGAGAAUUUGCUGAUGCACCUGAAGGUCGUGCUACCAUUCAACAAGAUCUGGACAGACUGGAGAGCUGGGCAGGGAGGAAUCUGAUGAGGUUUAACCAGAACAAGUGUAGUCUUGCACCUGGGGAGGAAUAACUGCAUGCAUCAGUACAGGUAAGCGGAUGACCUACCGAAGAGGAGCUCUGAAGACAAGGACCUGGGGGUCCUGGUGGACAACAGGUUGGCCGUGAGUGCGCCCUUGUGGCCAAGAAGACCAAUGGUAUCCUGAAGUGCAUUAUAAAGAGUGUGGCCAGCAGGUUAAAGGAAGUGAUCCCCCCCCUCUACCCUGCCCUGGUGAGGCCACAUUUAGAAUACCACAUCCAGUUCAGGGCUCCUAGUAGUUCAGCUGAGAGUCACAAAAAUGAUUAAGAGCCUGGAGCAUCUCCCACACGAGGAAAGGCUGAGCAAUGUGGAUCUGUUUGGCCUGGGGAAAAGAAGAUUUAGAGGGAAUCUGAUUAAUGUUUACAAAUAUUUAAAGGGAGGUGGGAGGCAAAUGGAUGAGGCCAGGCUCUUCUCAGUGGCACGUAGCAACAGGACAAGGAUCAAUGGCCUAAAAUUCGAACAUAAGAAGUUCCGUACUAAUAUGCAUAAGAACUUCUGUAUGGUGAAGAUGAUAGAGCACUGGAACAGAUUGCCCAGAGAGGUUGUGGAUUUUCCUUCUAUGGAGAUAUUCAAAAUCCAUCUGGAUGCCUAUCUGUGUGACCUAUUGCAGGGUACCUGCUUUAGCAGGGGCAUUGGAUUCGAUGAUCCAUUCAGGUCCCUUCCAACCCCUAUGAUUCUGUAUGGUUCCGUAUGGUUUCCUACAAGGAAGGAGAGAAGAGUGAAAAAGGUGACUAUUAAUUCUUACCACACAAUACAGUAGUGCUCAAAGAUCAACACAGGACAGCAUCAGACAUAUCCCAAAUUACUUUAGAAAAAAACACUGAGAGGACUUAGUUUAAGACAGGCCCUCCAGUGUGCACUGCCUGGCCAUUACAACGACUGUUUGCUUGGCACUUUUUAGAUCUGAUCUGCGGUCGUGAUAGCAGUGUUAAUGAAGACCACCUGCUCGGAAGCACAUUUGGUGUUACGUAUAUUAGCAGGGAGUGAGUGGAAUUCAAAUCGUCCUGCGAGUGCACUCGGAGAAGUUGGAGGCUCUGAAAACUCCUCGAAACGAGCAGCCCCGGCCAGGAGACAGCGAAUUCCGCUCAGCACCGCCCGCCGAACCGCGACCCAGCCUUCGACACAGCGCACGGCCGGGACGGCGAACGCUCGGCCCCGCGGCGUGGAGGGCGGCGGCCCGGCCCAGCCCGCCCCGUGCCGCGCAGCCCCGCCGCUCCCGCCUGCCCCCCGCGGCACAUGACCCGCCAUGGAGGCGCGCCGGCGCUGCCCAGAAGUUUGGAGCCGGUGGAGCGAGCGGAGGGGACGGCGGCAGCAGGCGCCCAGCCGCGGGCGGCACAGCGGGGCGGGUGGGCAGGUGAGGCGCGGCGCGAAGAGGAGCGGAGCGGAGCAGAGCUAGGCAGCGGAGCGCGGCCGGGCGGGCUGACGGACGGAGAGUGUGGGCUGCUGCUGGCAGCUACAGGAUGAAGUCGCCUCCCUGCUGCAUGUCUCUUAAUUCCCAAGCGUCCCUGGAGGAACAAGGCAAUAGCACAUCGCUGGGCUCCCUGGACUGCAGUGUUUUCUCCAGCGAGGAGGAGCAGGGGCCCCUGCUGCAGAAGGUUGUUCCUUCCUUGGACUGCUUUACAAUCAAUGUGGGAGGCAGCCGCUUUGUGAUGUCCCAGCAAACUUUGUCUUGCUACCCUGACACUCGUCUUGGCAAACUGGCUGUGGUGGUCUCCGCUGCCCGGGAUGUCGCCUCUGGCCUCCUUGAGCUCUGUGAUGAUGCUAACCUGGUGGAGAAUGAGUAUUUCUUUGACCGGAGCUCGCAGGCAUUUCACUACAUCCUGAACUACUACCAGACAGGGAGGCUGCAUGUGAUGGAGCAGCUGUGUGCACUCUCCUUCCUGCAGGAGAUCCAGUACUGGGGCUUGGAUGAGCUCAGCAUCGACUCCUGCUGCAGAGAUCGGUACUUCAGGAGGAAGGAGCUGAGUGAAGCCUUAGACAUCAAGAAAGAUGCUGAAGAACUGGAUGCUCAAGAUGAGGAAGAGGACUUUUCUGGUAGCCUCUGUCCCAGUGUCAGACAAAAACUUUGGGAAGUUUUGGAAAAGCCUGGUUCCUCUGCAGCAGCCAGGACUUUUGGCACUUUAUCCAUGGCUUUUGUUGUUGUGUCCAUUGCCAACAUGGCUUUGAUUUCAGUAGAGCUAAGCUGGCUGGCACCACCACUACUGGAUGCCCUUGAGUACCUGUGCAUUACAUGGUUCACUGUGGAGUUUGUUCUGAGGUUCCUGUGUACACGGGAUCGGUGUCGCUUUCUGAGGAAUGUGGCAAACAUCAUAGACCUCCUUGCUAUUUUACCUUUCUACAUUACACUGCUGGUAGAGAGUCUGUGUGGUGGGGAGAGCUCCCAAGAACUGGAGAAUGUGGGGCGCAUUGUCCAAGUGCUGAGGCUGCUCAGAGCGCUGCGGAUGUUGAAGCUGGGAAGACAUUCAACAGGGUUGCGGUCCCUUGGAAUGACAAUUGCACAGUGCUACGAGGAGGUUGGCCUGCUGCUGCUUUUCCUUUCUGUAGGAAUCUCUAUAUUUUCCACAGUGGAGUAUUUUGUUGAGCAAGGUGUGCCAGGCACAACAUUCACAAGCGUACCUGGUGCUUGGUGGUGGGCAACAACAUCCAUGACAACUGUUGGUUAUGGUGACAUUAGACCAGAUACAACUGUUGGUAAGGUAGUGGCCUUCAUGUGUAUACUGUCAGGAAUACUAGUUUUGGCUUUGCCAAUAGCUAUCAUAAAUGACCGGUUUUCUGCCUGUUACUUUACACUGAAGAUAAAAGAAGCUGCUCUUCGGCAGCGUGAAGCUUUAAAGAGACUCAUGAAGAACUCAUCCAGUGACUCAAAUAUCAAUGUUAAUUUGCGAGACAUAUAUGCACGCAGUGUCAUGGAUAUGUUACGACUGAAAAGCAGAGAGCGAGCGAGCACAAGGAGCAGUGGAGGAGAUGACUUUUGGUUUUGACUUUUAAGUUAUUUAGCCUUGUAUAGCAAAUAGACUACUUCAGAAAUGUGGUAUUAAGAAUCUGUUUUUUUAUCACUCAACACAUAAUGUAUUGCUUUUCCAUCUGGAGCUCUACGUACUUGUAUAGAAUGAUAUAGUUGGUGUAAGCAAAAGGCUCUGAGGGCACCAGAAACAUACCCCCAGAACUUGGUUGAUGAGAGAGAAAAUAAUGGGUCCAUCAAAGUAAAAUAGUGUUACAAACACUUGUCUAUGAAUCUUAUGUCCUUGCUAAUGUAUAGUAAUAAAAUCUUUUAGCUGAAAUUGCCAUGGUGUUUUGAAUUUUGAAGACCUAUAGGAUUUGUAUUUGAAAAAAAACAAAACAAAACAAAAAAACCAAAGUUAAAUACAUUAGGAAAAUCUGAAGUAAGUAGUUGCCAGAUAUAUACGUGGUGGAUAUCAGGAGAUGAUAGGUGAGAAGUAUUAAGCUGACAACACCAAGCUGAGUGGUGUGGUUGACACAGUAGAAGGAAUGGAUGCCAUUCAGAGGGACCUCGAGAGAACUGGAAAGGUGGGCCAGGGUGAACUUGAUGAGGUUCAACAUGGCAAAGUGCAGAGUUUUGCACUUGGGCCGGAAGAAUCCCAGGCAUCCAUACAGACUGGAAGGAGCAGUCCUUGAGAGCAGCCCUGCAGAGAAGGACCUGAGGGUCUUGAUAGAUGAAAAGCUUAACAUGAGCCAGCAGCGUGCUCUUGCAGCUUGGAAAGCAAAUGGUAUCCUGGGCUCCAUCAAUAUAAGCACUCUCUUUUGCAGCAGUGAGUUCAUUUACAAACUUACUUUGAACAAUGCCUUCUUGUGUUUUGAUUCUCUUAGCUUAUUUGUGCAGCUAAGCAGAUUUUGCACUUAAGUAAAGUCACCAGUGGAUACCAGAAGAAACAGAAAUGGUAAAAGUUAACAAGUUACUAAUUUCUCUAUCUCCUGUUAAAAUCAGGAAGUAUUCCAGUAAGUUAGCCAGAUGUAAAAAAAAAUGAUCAUAGUCUUGUAAUAGGUUAGGUCAAAAAUCACAAACUUCUCAUUUCAUUUCUUCAGCAAUGUAAUCACAAACGUUAUUUACAUUAGUUAUUAAUUCAACAUACUACCUGAAAGGAGGCAUCUGCUAGCUGUGGAUUAUUUAAUUCGAUCACGUAUUUAUGUGUUUAGAAGGCUUAGACUGUCUUUGAAUAUAUGUGAAUAGGUGAAAAUACUGCUUUUAAUAAAUACCCAAUAACUCUUGUUUAGAAGCAAGAAUGUGUUUUCCUCCCAUUCUCUGUAAUGUAAUACAGAAAGCAGAUUUUUCAAAGGCUACAACCUCGAAGCAAACUUCACAAAAAUUCAACUCCUGAUUAGUCAGUUGAUAUCAUCCAGCAUUUGGAUUUGUGAUGAGUGUGGCAUGUGCAGCAGCCAUCAGGGGCAUGAGAAAACUAAGUGAAAGUGUAAGAUACCAGACGAGUGUGUCUUGCUCUACCAAUAUGUCUUGUUCUGAAAAUUCAGAAGUCAGGCUUACCAUCUGUGUUACACAAAGAUCAAACAGUGUUAUCACAGUGUUUCCUUCUUCCCUGAUAUUCUAUAAGUACAUAACAAAACUCCCAUGGAUGUCCAGGAGUCUCUCAUAAUUCUGUGGGGAAAGGCUUGAUGCAGCCCACUCUAAGUUAAUUCAUAGCUCCUUAGAGCAGGAAGUCCCUGAGCUGCACAAAUUGUACAGGCUGUUUCUCAUUCAAAAGUCAUUCUAAUUAUAGAGAAUUAGGAAGAAGCUUUUAUUGUGGGAAGACUGUUUUGUAAUGUCUUUUGUGCUUUCUUGUACAGUAACUGAUUCUCUGUUUGAGAAAGGAAAUGCAGUUAGAUAGAUGACUGAUCCUCUUCAGGGAAUGCGGCUUUUAUUGCAUCCUGUGUUUGUUAUGAAGGACUCGAAAGAAGGAGAGAAAUGUUCUGGGGUUUAUCAGUUGAUUCACUCCUUACACCAGGUCUGAAAAUAAAAUUUCUUAGAAAUGCCAUCUUCGGGAGAUGUGUCUGAGACUUUACCCAGUAGCUGCUUCAACUUCUAUUUUCAAACCUCUUGAUUUUAAAUUCAAAGUCUCAAAAGAAGUAAAGUGUUUGUCAAUCGUGUUGUUUAUUCAGCAAGACUAUUCAGUAAUAUUACCUAUUUGCAGAUGAAGAUUGGUUCUGAUUUCAGCUCUUACAGAUGGGACCAGAGCAUUCAUACUGAGACAUAAACGGUACAGGGUAUUACAAUUCUAAAACAUGAAUCUACGCCAUUUCUCUUCUACUAC